AUGGCGUCAGAAGCAGAUGUGGAAGCGUUCAUCGCUUUGCUUGCACAACUGCGAAGCGCGGACAAUACUGCCCGAUCUGAUGCGGAGAAGAGGUAUGCGGAUGCUUGCAGCGCAGAUCCACGCGGUGUUUUUGCUUGCCUUACUGGUUGCAUCUUGAACCAGGAGGAGGUGGUGCGCCUUCAGGCAGCGACGCUCUUGCGGCGGGCUGUGCUGGGACAUGCUGGCUCCGAGGCCGCAAUGGCAGUGAGACCCCGGCUCUUGAAGGCGUUGGCGGACGAGCCCAGCUCCAAAGUACGAGGCGUGUUGGUGGCCGUCGUGGCGGUGCUCGCCCAGGAGCCUUGGCCGGAGCUUGUGCUGGCAGCCUACGCCUUGACCACGCAAAACGCGGAGGCGGGCAUCUGCCUUUUGACCGAGCUCAUGAGCGAUCACGCCGAAGAAAUUCUGUCCAGGGCUGAGCUGGUGGAGAUCUUGACCAACGGCCUCUCAGCCAAAGAGCUGGCUGCGCAAACAAUCUGCUUGGUCUCGGAAAUGAUUCAGGCGCUGGGUUCUGAGAAGUUACAGGCUUUGCAGCAAGCCUUACCAAAGUUGGAAGAGGCCGUGAAGAGCCUUGUCCUGGGUGGCAUGGAUAGGUUGCCACAGGCUUUGCAGGCAUUGAUUUCAUGUUUGGAGAUCCAGCCCACAUUUUUCCGACCCAGAAGUGCAGCUUGGAUUGACCUCAUGCUAGAGCUGGCGUGCGCUGAGACCGCUGAGACUUCAUGCCAACUCUUGGCCUUUGAGUGGGUCACCACAUUGGCCACUGCCAAGGCGGGCGUUGUGGAGGAUGUGCCGCAGUUGCCAGAGCGGGCGAUGAGUGUUGCCUUUACGUUCCUCAAAGACCUGGAGUCCGAGGAUCUCCACAAGGAGGGCGAAGCGAAGGUGGACUUCCUGUUAAGGAAGCUAGGCUUCAAGCUUGCCGGACCCGCCUUGGGAUCGCUGCUGCCGCGCCAUGCCGCAAGCCAAUGUUGGAAGGAAAGGGUUGCAGCUGCGGUCGGGGUCCGGGCUGCGGGGGAGCAUGCCGAUGAUGAUGCAGCGGACAAAAUGACGCAGCUCCUGCUGCAGCUGCUGGACGAUCCUCAUGCCCAAGUGCGCCAAGCGGCCUUCUUUGCUCUGGGCCAGCUUUGCCAUGACCGAGAUUUCAGCUACAACGAGCGAUGGUGUGACCAGAUCAUGCCUGUGCUGGUGCGGGGAUGCGGUGACCCAGUGGAUGCAGUCGCUGCCAAGGCCAUCAGCGCAUUGGAAGCGCACCUUCAUGAGCUUCCAGAGAGUGAGGCAAGCCGCUUCUCAGACAAACUCGGACCGGUGCUCAUAUCAAAGCUGCAGUCUUCUUGUCCAGAAGUAGUUGUGGCAUCUUUGGAGGCUAUCGGAGCUUGGGCCAUUGCUGUGGAGGAUUUUGAUUCCUACUACGAUGCAUUGACCCCGUUGCUGUUGAAGGCACUCGCGGCCCCUGCCUUCCGCGAAAAGGUCUUCGAAUGUAUUUCCCUCGCCGGCUUGUCUGUCAGUAAGCAGAAGUUUCAGCCCGCGGCAGCUGCGGCACUGCACGCCAUGCUUCCGCUUGGCGUGCGCGAGCUGUCUGACUGCUCCAGAGACGCCGUGGGCCGAAUUUGCAAGGCCUUGGGCCCGGACUUUGCGCCGUUUCUUCCAGGCCUGAUGCCAAGCUUACUGGAAGGACUGACGUUGGAGGGCGCGGUGAUCGCAGAUGACCAAGCGACGAACGAUGAUGACCUGGUCCUGCAUUGGGGGGAUUCCACGCUCAAGGUGAGGACGGGCUUGCUCACUGAGGCCGUGGCCCUCAUCAAGCUGCUCGAGGUGUUUGUGCAGUACACGGAGGAUGGAUUUCUGGAUUUCCUGCGGCCCACAAGCCAGGCACUUGCCAAGAUGCUGCAUGGCAGCCAUGGAAGCCACUGGCAAAUCACCUCCGAGGUGCGCGAGGCGAUAUACUCCUGCUGGGUGCAGAUCGCCAGGGUGGCCAAGGCGAGUCGGAGGAGUCGACUCGAGUUGGGGGAGUUGGUGCAGAGCUUCGUGGACAAGGUGGGGUCUGACAUGGCGGAGGCUGAGGAGGCGGAUGACAUCGCGUCCAUGGCGAAGGCCAUUGCGGAUUUGGUGUGCCAGGCCGGUGACGCCUUGAGGCCUGAGCAGGUGGUGGGCGUGUGCGAGCUGGCCGUAGCUGAGAUCUCCAAGUCCUUUCAGCGCGAUGAAGCGCUGCAAGACCAGCACGAAGAAGAUGAGGGCGACGCUGAAGAUGCGGUCAAUGAGGACGAAUGCCGCGCAGAGCUUCUCUCCAUCGUGACUGCUUGCAUGAAAUCGGAUGCAGACACCUUCGUAUCGCAUGCGUGGCCGGCGCUGCAUGCCUUGCUGCAGCAGUGGUUCACCCAAGGGCCACCAGGAAUCAGAUUGGGCUUGCGCUUGGUCUGCGAGGUUUGCCGCUUGGGUGAGAAGGCUGUGCCGCUAUGGCCCAGCUUCAUGGAUCAGGUGCUUGAUGCACUAGGUGCGGGGGACCUCGACGCGGUGCGCUCCGCCGCCGCGGCGGUGAACCUCGCGGCGCGGAGCCCCGCCUUCGCGGCCCUGGCGCGCCGGGCCUUUGGCAGCUUCCAGAGCUUCACGCGGAGCCGGAGGAAAGACAAGGCCUCCAAAGCCGGCGACAGUGUUGUCGCGGCAUUCACCCAGCUUUGCUUGCAGCAUCCGAAUUCCUGCCCUGACAUCGAACGCAGCUGGGCAGCCUGUUUUGCCGAGCUUCCGCUCAAGGUGGACCUCGAUGAAUGCCGCAGGCUAAACGCUUGCAUCUUUGCUCAGGUGCAGUCCGGAGCAGUGCAAGGGCGCACAGCUGCCAGAGCUGUGGGAUACCUUUGCGACGUUUGCGGCAACAAGGCCUUGUUUGAUGAGGAGUUGAAGGUCGCACUGGCGGACGCUUUGCGGCAGAUGCCCGAGCAGACGCUACAGGAGCUGCUGGCCCUGCUCUCGGACCGGCAGAAGCGCAAGCUGACGGCGCUCAAAUCGCGAGCUUGA